UCAAACUCCUGACCUCGUGAUCCACCCGCCAGGGCUAGGUUUCUUACGCCAAUCAAGAACUUUCUCCCUGUGCUCAAAAUUCUAUGCGCUGGGGUCUCAUUAAAUACCAUGGCCAAUUCAGGGGCUGAAAUAGAACACAACUCAGCUCCCCUACUCCAGAGACUUGCAGGAUAGACUCAUGCUGUCUUUGCCGCCAGUGAGAGCGGUGGAGCUGCCUGUGCAUGUGCAGUCCUGAGAGCGAGAUGCAAGCCCGAGGAGGGGCGAGGCUGUGGCCCCCGCUGCUCACAAAGUCCUCCUGCUUGUCUCAUGUCACCACCCACCUCCCUCCUACCACUGCCUCCCAAGAUGAGAACACCUGCGUAGGUGGAUGAUUCCCUGUCGAUGUGCAUGGAAGAGAAAUCAAACAUUCUGAUGGUGAUGGCAGCUCUGGGGUUUUGCUCUAACUGGAACACAACUGUCAUUCACAAGGUACCUUGUCACAUAAUGUCUCUAUUGUCCCCAGAUCUUUGCAAUUGAAGCAGGUAUUUCUCCCCAUUCUGCCGAUGCAGAAGUUCAAGAAAUUAAAUGGCUUAGUUGAGGCACCAAGGGGGAAGGAGAGCAAAGACACAGAGGCUGCCGCUGGGCUCCCGGUUCUGGCCCCUCCACGUCCCAUUGUCUCCACAGAGAUAGGGAGAAUCAGGCUAUAACCUGGGUAGGGAAGAAUGGAUGCAAGAAGGAGGAAUGUGAUCAAUUCCUCUUCUCAGGUAGUAUUCAUUCCAACAUUCUCAAUGUGUCACAGGCGCCAGAAAAUGCUGCAACAUGAAAAGUGACAACCAGAGCUUCUCAGGGGACCCCCCUCCAGCCUUCAUCCUCCUGGGUGUGUCUGACCGGCCGUGGCUGGAGCUCCCGCUCUUCGUGGUCCUCCUGCUGUCCUACGUGCUGGCCAUGUUGGGGAACGUCGCCAUCAUCCUGGCAUCCCGGCUGGAUCCUCAGCUCCACAGCCCCAUGUAUGUCUUCCUCAGCCACCUGUCCUUCCUGGACCUCUGCUACACCACCACCACUGUCCCUCAGAUGCUGGUCAACAUGGGCAGUUCCAAGAAGACCAUCAGCUAUGGAGGCUGCACGGUGCAGUACGCAGUCUUCCACUGGCUGGGAUGCACGGAAUGCGUCGUCCUGGCCGCCAUGGCCCUGGACCGCUACGUGGCCAUCUGCGAGCCCCUCCGCUACGCCGUCCUCAUGCACCGUGCUCUCUGUCAGCAGCUUGUGGCUCUGGCCUGGCUCAGUGGCUUCGGAAACUCCUUGGUGCAGGUGGUCCUGACCGUGCAGUUGCCAUUCUGUGGGCGGCAGGUGCUGAACAACUUUUUCUGCGAGGUGCCGGCCAUGAUCAAGCUGUCGUGCGCCGACACCACUGUGAACGAUGCCACGCUGGCUGUGCUGGUGGCCUUCUUUGUGUUGGUGCCCCUGGUUCUCAUCCUUCUCUCCUAUGGUUUUAUUGCCCGCACAGUGCUCAGGAUCCAGUCCUCCAAGGGACAACGCAAGGCCUUUGGGACCUGUUCCUCCCACCUGAUGGUCGUCUCCCUCUUCUACCUACCUGCCAUUUACAUGUAUCUGCAGCCCCCUUCCAGCUACUCCCAAGAGCAGGGCAAAUUUAUUUCUCUCUUCUAUUCCAUGAUCACCCCGACUCUCAAUCCCUUCAUCUACACCCUGAGGAAUAGAGACGUGAAGGGAGCUCUGAGGAGACUCCUGGCCAGGAUCUGGAGCCUCUGCGGAUGGUGAGGACCUGAGAAGUGGCAUCUCCAUCAACUGAGGAACACUGGACACACCUACUGUGUGCUCAGAGCAUCUUUCACUUAAGGAGCUAAUACCCAGAAAGCUCAAAGCCUGUCCCCAAACAUCUCACUUCCGGUCAUAAUACCCCAAAUCCCACAUCUACAAAUAAAGUCCAUUUUAAAAGUGUAAUUCUAAGAGGCCAUAUGUUUUCAAGAGUUGUUUAAAUAGACUUCAAUAUUUGUUGAAUUAUUUAACUUCCAGUUUCCUGAUU